AUGUCCUAUUCUGAAAUUCUGGUGCAUCGUCAAUCAGCCAGUCUGGAUGUCACUCUCACCAUCACGAGACUGGUCCCGAGGGUCCACGAGGACCACCUGGACCACCUGGACAACCUGGACAACCUGGACAACCUGGACCACGUGGACCACCUGGACAAGAUGGUCGACAUGGGCCAAGAGGACAGAACGGUGUCGAUGGUAUACGAGGUUUACCAGGAAACGAUGGUCAGCCGGGCGUCGACGGCAGGCAAGGGCUGCCAGGACCAGCGGGACCAAGUGGUCGAGACGGGGUGGAUGGCAUUCAUGGGCGACCAGGACAGGAUGGACGUGAUGGAAGAGAUGGUCUGCCAGGGCGGCCAGGACAGGAUGGACGUGAUGGAAGAGAUGGUCUGCCAGGGCUGCCUGGGCAGAACGGACGUGAUGGGCGAGAUAUCCAUAACAAUCGUAACGGCAUGCGAUGGCUACGGUACUCCGAGUCCGCCGCGCAAGCACCAUGAUUCCCUCAUACUAGCCUUCGCACCCUCCACGCUUUCUCACGCUGAGAACAACCGCCAAUACCGAUGCUUUCAAUACUUUUACGAACGGACCGUGCCCGCGUUGGCAGGAUACUGUGGAUCUGAGUUCUGGAAUCGUUUGGUGAUGCAGGUGAGCCAGCAUGAGAAAUCAGUCUGGCAUGCCUUGAUUGCGCUAGGGUCGCUGCAUGAAAAUUUUGAAACGGAUAAUAACCGAUUCGGUAUCGACUUUUUGCGCCAUGAACAAGAUCCUUUCGCUAUUCGCGAAUAUCUGGCUGCUAUUAGGGCAUUGCUGGGACCGUCAAAUACAGCCCUUGGCAGCGUGGGAAGUGUUACGGUGGAUGUGUGCUUGAUCUCCUGCAUUCUGUUUACUUGUUUCGAAAUCCUCUCCGGUCACUAUGGCUCUGCGAUCAACCACGUUCAGAGCGGUAUCAACAUUCUUAAAGAGGUCUAUUAUGAUCCUAGUUCUGGCACUUUUCGACAUCCUUAUCUUCUUCCUUCUACCGUGUCAAGCUUGGAAAUGGAAAGUCUACGCAAAAUAUUCUUUCGCCUUCAGGAGCAGGCUUUGACAUUAACUCGUGCCGAUUCAUACCAUCUUACGCAAGAGAUAUUCGCAGUACCCGAAACUCCUCAAUUCUCGCAUGACUUCCCAGACAUAUUUUCCUCUAUCGCCGACGCGCGUGAUGGAUUUGAAUUGUUGAACCGGAAGUGUGUGAAUCACUAUCGAGAAAUAAUGCGUACUGUAUCAGCUACAGAGGCCUCGGAUAUGUCACAAUAUCUGCUUCGACAAUACGAAGCCUGCUUUGAUAGAUGGUGCACCGCUUUCGCUCGCUUUGAGGAAUCCCGGGGUGAUUCAUUAACCACCAAAGAACGAAUAGGGCUCAAACUGCUCGACAUGCGCAAGCAAAACACGAUGAUGUAUUUGGAGUAUGUAAAUGCUUGCGAGGUGGGAAGAUACUCGAAUGUUAUCCCAUCUUUUUCGUGGGACAAGUUCAAUGCGCAGUUUGCAAAGAUUGUAUCACUAGCAGCUUCGAUAGUAAAUAAUCGAGACUCCGGAUCGCCAUUUGCAACGCCAGUGAGACCAUCCUUUUCCCUCGACAAUGGCAUCAUAGCACCACUUUAUGAUGUUGCUACUUUGUGUCGAGAUCCAGCCAUUCGCCGAAGGGCUGUUCAGAUUCUACGUUCAACCCCGCGCCAAGAAGGGGUGUUUAACAGUCAUCUCAGUGCUAUCGUUGCCGAGAAGAUUAUUGAGAUCGAAGAAGCCGCUGCGUUGAAAGCGCUUUCAGACUACAGCAACUUUCCAUUGAAGUCUGUACUCUCCGGACGGCAGUUGGAAAAGGGCGUUAAUGACAUCAUCACGAAUAGCACUCAAAUACCAGAUGCAGUGCGCUUGACUUAUGCGCAUCCAAAGUUCAAUGUGGCCGAGAAAAAGGUGUUCUUAACGGUCGGCCAGACGGCAAAAAUGCAUAUGGAUAUUCCGUGGUCAGGUAUGAACUUUUUGCUGGACGCUGAGACUUGA